UCCGCCCCCGGCCCGGCCCGGCCCGGCCCCGGGCCCGCUCGCCCGCCGCCCCGCAUGGAGCUGUCAGCCAUCGGCGAGCAGGUGUUCGCCGUAGAGAGCAUCCGGAAGAAGCGCGUGCGGAAGGGUAAAGUCGAAUAUCUGGUGAAGUGGAAAGGAUGGCCCCCAAAGUACAGCACGUGGGAGCCGGAGGAGCACAUCCUGGACCCCCGCCUGGUCAUGGCCUAUGAGGAGAAGGAGGAGAGAGACCGAGCAUCGGGGUAUAGGAAGAGAGGCCCGAAACCCAAGCGGCUUCUGCUGCAGCGGCUGUACAGCAUGGACCUGCGGAGCUCCCACAAGGCCAAGGGCAAGGAGAAGCUCUGCUUCUCCCUGACGCGCCCACUCGGCAGCGGGAGCCCCGAGGGGGUGGUCAAGGCGGGGGCACCCGAGCUGGUGGACAAGGGCCCCUUGGUGCCCACCCUGCCCUUCCCGCUCCGCAAGCCCCGCAAGGCCCACAAGUACCUGCGGCUCUCACGCAAGAAGUUCCCGCCCCGCGGGCCCAACCUGGAGAGUCACAGCCAUCGACGGGAGCUCUUCCUGCAGGAGUCACCGGCCCCGGACGUCCUGCAGGCGGCCAGCGAGUGGGAGCCUGCUGAGCAGCCCCCUGAAGAGGAGGCAGAUGCAGAUCUGGCCGAGGGGCCCCCUUCCUGGACACCCACGCUCCCCUCAAGUGAAGUGACAGUGACCGAUAUCACCGCCAACUCCAUCACCGUCACCUUCCGCGAGGCCCAGGCAGCUGAGGGCUUCUUCCGAGACCGCAGCGGGAAGUUCUGAAUCACCAUUUUUACUCUUCUUAAACUGUUUUCUUUUGGGCUUGGGGUGGGGACUUCCAGAAAUGGGGAGGGGUUGGGGUGGGUAAUUAUUUUAUUUAAAGAAACAUUGAUGAGGAGAAGGGGGGAAGAUCCCAACACUCUCCCACCGCCCCGCCCCUUUCUCUGUGCGGACGUUUACAGGGCAGCCUUGGGUCUGUGUCAGGGCUGGGCCUGGGGAGGCCUGGCACUGCUCUGUCACUUGGGGUACCAUCUCCAGGGUAGGAUGGGGACAGGACCAGCCUCCCCCGGACACCUCCAUCACCAUUCUUCUCUAGAGAGACAGCAGCUGGUCCCCGGGACUAAAGGAGGAUGGGAAGGCCUGAACCCUCCCCUUAAGUAGCCCACCCCAGCCUUUCUGGUUGGCUUCCCCUUUGCCUUUUUGUGUGUGUGUGUUUGGGGAGGGGUCUUUAUUUUUAACUUUCCACUCCAGCUUUGCGGGGGGAUAUGGAGGCUGGCUUUGACCAAAAGUGAUUGGGUCACAGAGCUAAGGGGCUGGGAAGGGUUUGAGAUUGCUGGGCACGUCCCACCCCUUCAGAAAGGUCUCUCCUUUCCCCUGGGGGCAGCUGCCAGCUAAGCCCCUUCUGCUGAGAGCUACCCGCCCCAGCUCCAUCACUUGGCCCGUGCAAACCGCUCACUUGCACACCCAGCCCCGCAGGUGUGUGCACACUACCCCUCGCGCCCUCGUGACUGCAUGUGCCGGUCCGCAGACGUGUGCAGUGGGUCUUGCAAGCCUCCUGACCAGGUGGACGGGGUGGGGGGGGAUGGGGGGGGAGUGAUUCACAGCACAGAAGAGCUUGCUGUAGGCAGCCCCGCUCAUCCCACCUUGCACAGCACUUCGCCUGACAGGACCUAUCCGAGUCAGCGUGGAUAGCUGUCGGGGGAGGGCCAGGCUCCGGCCAGGGGGCAGCUGGAUGGACUCCGACACUCCAGGCGUGCGGAUGCAGUCUUGUGGUGUCACCUGGGCAGCCACAGGCGUGCAAGCCUGUGCAUGUGUGCUGCGCACCGGCGCGAGCUCUGAGGCACUUGUGCCCUGUCCCCCUACCCCCGGGGCUCCUGUUCUCUCUGACUCAGGUGACUUUCCAGCCCUUCUGUCUCCCCUCUUUUUCUGCUCUCCCCUUCAACUCAGCCAACCAGACAUGGGCGUGGGUGGUCAGGGAGGGAGGAAGCGUCCCACCACCUUCUCAGGGCAGCCCUCGACUCCUGACACCCUUCCUCCUUCCAUUCUGGGUCUCCCCCCCAUCCACCCUCAGUGCUGCAGCUGGGACUAACCUUGUUUCUCUGCGGCGGGACCUCUGCCAUGUCUUCCUGUGGUCGGGCUGUAGUGGGCGAUGGGUCAGGCUGUGCACGAGCCCCCCACCCUGGCAGGGGCCUGUGUCUGCCAGAAGAGGGGCGCUCUGUUUGUGGUUUGCACAGACGUGCCCUGUGGACUAGUGGCUCCCCUGGCAGUAAGCAGUGACGUCUCCCCUGUCCUGGUCCUGCGGGGGAGAAAAAGCCAGACGGGGGGUGGGUACCAGGGGAGCAAAUGAAAGGCUGGCCCCUUCGCCUCUCCCCGUUGUCAGCCCAGGCACUCAGGGCCCUCCCCCAGGGCUGUCUCCACGCUCUGCUUUGUCCUGAGGAAGUGGGCAGAAUCCUGCUGAGGCUCCACUAGGGCAGUUCUUCCCCCAGACCCCUUCUUCCCAAGUCCCCAAACCAAAGACGGCCUGCACCCCAUUUUUGUUUGGGGUGCCUUGCUGGCAAGAUCCCAGAUCCCUGAGUGUCUGUCUCCCCUUCCUCCUUAAUCCUUUGUUGUCCAGGGUCAAUUCAGUGCUUCCAUUGGGGGAUGGCUUCCUCCCCCCCACCCCAUGACUUGAUUCACCCCCAGGCUAGGGGGUUGUGUCUAGGGGAGUCUGGGGGUGGACCAGGGAGAGGAGGGGCAGCGGGGAACCUGCCCAGCU